GAUAUCGUUUGUUGUUUCUUCCAACAAUGCCUUUCACGGUGCACUGUCAGAUUUUACUUGUUCUUCUACAUCAACUUCCCUGUUCGACACGUAUUAAUUCGUCUCGUUUCCAUUUAUUUUUUUAAUUAUCAGGUACUUUGUUUCCCUUUCUUUUAUUACAAAUUUGUUUUAGUUCCUCCAAGAUGCUUGGAAGAAAAAUAUGCUGGACCUUGUGGAGCGAACAUCCUGAGAUAUUGGUACAAUCCCGAGACAAACCGAUGCGAAGUAUUCCUCUACGGAGGAUGUGAGGCAAAUGGGAAUCAUUUCGGUAGUUUUACCGAAUGUGUGCAGACCUUGGCUAUUCUCACCUCUGAUCACUUGUAUGUUUGGAUUGAAAAAAAUAAUUCUACUGAGAGUAGUACACCUUGCAAUAGUCCAAUCGGACAGGAGUGUGCAAUAAGGUCACAUUUGUAUUGUCAUCAAAACGGGACCGUCGAUUGCGUUCCGAAAACUGGAAUUAUCCUGUCAAAGCGCACAAACUGA